AUGACUUUCAAUCGGAAGAUGAGCUUGAUCGCCAUGGGCUUCCUGUGGACGGGUUCUCAGAUUCCAGUAUACCUCUUCGGUGGAGUACCACCAUAUAUUUACGGCGACAUCGGUGGCACGGACAGAUGGGUAUGGAUGGUGCUUGCCAAUUUGCUGUCCCUUGCGGCCGUUUGCCCCUUUACUGGAAGCAUCAGUGACCUGAUAGGUCGCCGAUACGUUGCCCUGGGCGGAGCAACCUUGCUUUGCUUAGCAAUGGUCAUCUGUUCGACUGCACAGACGAUGAAUACAUUCAUCUGUGGUAUGGUUUUCGCAGGAGUCGGUGCUGAGAUGCAACUAAACUCCUUGAUAGGAGUAAAUGAGUUGACUGCGCUCGCCGUCACUUCGGAGCUCGCACCGGUAGCCAGCCGUGGCAAAUAUGUCGCUGUGCUCGUCUUCUCCAUCGUGCCCUUCGUUCCCUCGGUGCUCUACGCGCAACUCAUCGCCUAUCAUUACUCCUGGAGAUGGCUGGGCUUGUUCUGCGGACUGUGGGCUUUUAUUGGCCUAGUCAUGGUCGCUUGCUUUUUCUUUCCGCCACCCCGGGCGAUUAGUGCUGGAAUGUCCAGGAAGGACGUGUUGCGCCGCAUCGACUACAUUGGCGGCUUUCUUUCCAUCUCGGGCAUGAUCUGCUUCAUGCUAGGGAUGCAAUGGGGCGGGUACCAGUACGACUGGGACGAGGCACAUGUUCUGGUCCCACUCAUCCUCGGUAUCAUCCAGUUGAUUGGUUUCGUUGUGUGGCAGAGCUAUGCACCAUAUCCCAUGUUCCCAAGACGUUUGAGACAGGAGGUAAGCCUGUUAACAUUCCGGAGUGUCAUCACGGCGAUCAGCGGAGCCAACUUCUUUUCGAUUCUCAUGUUCUGGCCUACUCAAGCAUUCAACGUCUAUGGCCACGAUCCUGUUGGCAAUGGUAUUCGUGGUCUGCCUGUCGGUCUGGGCGUCAUGGUCGGAGCUGUGAUUGUGCUCACUCUUCUGAGCGUAUUCCGCGGCCACAAUAAGGAGCUCAUGAUUGUAUCGUCGAUUCUCAUGACGGCAGGAUGCGGAUCUCUCGCAGUGGCAGAGAGAGACAACCUCCACGUCCUAUGGGGUCUGCUGGUGCUAGCUGGACUUGGCAUUGGUGGCAUCGUCGUGCCUGCCUCGAUCAUCACAACCAUCAUCUGUCCAGAUGAUCUCAUCGCAACGGUGUCCGCUCUGACUCUUGCUAUACGAGUUCUCGGCGGUAGUAUCGGCUACUGCGUGUACUACAACGUAUUCGUCAGCAAAUUCGUCCCCUACGCCGUCCGUGAUGUUGGCGGCUACAUGGUCGGUGUACUCGGCUGCGAUGAGGAGAGCGUCGCAGAGGCCAUCGCACUCACCGGCAACUCGCUCAUCGACUUGAUCGCAGACAUACCUUGCGUCGCUGCGCAGUCCGGAGGGUGGGAAGAGGUCGUGCUCCAGGGCCAGAUGGCGUACGCAGCUGCAUACAAGUACGUAUACUACUGCAGCACGGGCUUUGGAAUUUGCAGCAUCCUCGCAGCGGUAUUCCUGGGCGACAUCUCGAAGUACAUGGACAACCAUGUUGCGGUCGUUAUGUGA